AUAUUUUUCCAAAAUUAAUGCUUGAUGAACAUUUUCCAAACUCUUUGAUUGCUCGAUAUUAUGGUGUUAAUGUUGUUCAUUCAAAUGGUGACGUGACAUAUAAUGAAGUUCAAGAAGACAUUACAAAUCCAUAUUUUAUUUAUUUUCCAAUACUUAAUUGUAUUCCAUUUCUAAAUAAGCAACGUUUUAAAAGAGUAGAGAAAUUGGAUAAUCUAUUUGAUGAAAUUGUUGAAAAGAAACGCAAAGCUUUGACUAAUGAAAAUACCCAAAAACAGGGUGACCUUUUAGAGUUAAUGCUAAAAGCUUGCGAAGAUCCUGAGAAUCCGAAAUUAACAGAUAUUGAAUUCAGGAAUAAUUUGGGUGUUUUUAUGCUUGCAG